UCCAUUGCACACUAUGAUCCUGUUCUGACAAGGUAGGUAUGUUGUGUAUGUUGAAAGAAAAUCAAUUGAAAUUAUAACAAUGACAAUAUAGUUAAAUGAGAUUCUACACCUUACGAUAUAUUUUCCUCUGCACGUUAACUAGAUGUCCUAUUUGAGUAUUAAAACGGAAAUACCAUACAUAAAACUAGUCUGCACAAUACUUUGUUGCGUUCGUGGAAGUUGUAUGCUUGCCAAAAUGAAUAUUCUUUAUAUUUCUAGAAUAUUCGUUCAAUAUAAACAUAUCAUUUAUAAAAUGAUACGCAGAAAUUAAACAACGCUGUAUAGAGACACCUUUUCAGAGUUUCAGAACAAGAAAUCGCUUUUUGGUUGCGCAAACACCCCUGCUUGACACAGUUACCGAUUUCAUCGCGCUUGCUGUUCAAGAAAACUGUCCAUGUAUAGUUAGUAUGGAGUCACACUUGGAAAAACAGAUGACUAAGAUAGAUGAAACAAUUCCACACUAUAAAUAUUUGGACUGGGAUGCAAAACAAAAUGUUCCUAAGACCGCAGAACACUUUGUUGCGUUCAUCAGAGAGGUUGAAUACGUAUCCAAAUCAUCGGACUUGAAGGGACCGAUACUGGUGCAUUGCAUAAAUGGUGCUGGAAAGAGCGGCCUUUUUAGUGUUGUUUGGACGCUACUUGAAAAACUGAGUGAAGAUAAUGACGUCAGUGUAGUCAAUGCGGUGCAGAAAGUCAGAGCGAGAAGAGCGCUCGCUGUUCCAAAUAAGAAACAGUUUUACUUCUGCUACGAGUGUGUUCUCCAUUCCGUUAACGAAACAGAUAACGCUGUGUAUUACAACAUAAGUGGGGAUAUCCAGAGGGAAUGAAUACGGUAGGCCAAGGCUGAUACUUCUAACUGUGGAGCUAUGACAGCCUCUGUGCUGCAAUGACAUUGAAACAUGACUAUGUGUUCAUUUUUGCAUAACAGUUAUCAAAUAAUUCACAGGCCACUAGUAUUUCUUUUGAGAUUAUAAACAUUUCAUUGUAAAUAUCGUGGUAGCGUUUUGACUUUAGACUUGUUUUUGACCUUUGUACCAUAUUGGGGAACAACAGAUUCCUGUUUUAAGUUGAAAUAUUUCUUAUUACCGUUUCCAAUAGGCAAGUUUCAAUAUGCAAGGUUAUUAUGAACCAUAUUGCCGUUGAUUAGUUGUUGUUUAGCUCUCCACAAUAUCACUUUUUGAAUUAUCAUGUUUUGUACUACGUGUAUUCCAUUGUUUUGGUAUACGAGCAGCUGCACUUUAAACCCUUUACUAAAUGUAUUAGGAACCUGUACAAAUCAAAUACACAUAUUUUGUUAAUAUAGCUUUACUUAUGGAGCAUGUGUUUGUGUUAUGGGUGUUGAACAGUUUGCAAUAGGCAAAUUUUAAUAUGGCAGCUUAUUGUGAAUGAUAUUGCCGUUGAUAAGUUGUUGUUUAGCAAAUGACGCCGAACCAUCUUGACAUACAUAUUCAUUAUUGUUAAACACCAAUGGAGAUGUUCACUAGUCACGUGAAACCAUUACACAAACAAAUGUACGUGGACUUGAAUUUGUCCAGAAGAGAAUUAUCGAGGGCAGCCUUGCACGUUGAUUGACUGUAUUGAGGUUUGAUCCCGUUUUGGAAAGAAACAAUGAUAUGUCAAUAUAAUACACUACUUGAGUUGGAAACAAUGAGGGAUAAUGGUCUUUUAUUGGAGCAAAGUAGAUAUGUUAUCCUGUCGGUCAAAAUUCUCGGAUUACAGUCUAUGGCUCACUAGUCUGUAAUGGUUUUAUAUGUGACAUUAAAUCGUGGUGGAAACGUAGAAUAAUGAUGCUUCGCUCUCUUUGUGUAUAAUUGCAAUCGUGUUUUCUGUUCACUUACUAUUUCAUAUAUAUUGUUUUUAUA